AUGGCACCGAAAGUAUCGCUGACCGUUGGUGAAAAAGUGCGCAAAAGAAGAAAUGCCCCAAGUGGUGUUGGCAGUGGUGGGGUCCUUUCGUUGGUCAAGCGAAGGAAGGCUAACCUGCGUGAACGGAACCGUAUGCACGGACUAAAUGAUGCUCUCGAUCGGUUGCGUAUGUGCGUUCCGCUUCCGCUGAAUCUAACCAGUGCGAACACAACGCAAAGCUGCGCUGACGGCGACGAACGCACGGAGUCCUCGACGGUUCCCCAGAAACUGUCCAAGAUUGAUACGCUUCGACUGGCGAAGAACUACAUCCUGGUGCUACUGGAGGUGUUGCACGGGGGCCGUGGGAUGCGGGUCGAUCGACUGAUAGCGGCACUGGCAAAUCGCUUGAGCCAAAACACGGUCAACUUGCUGCGGACCAAGUUGAAUCUUGAUCGUGAAUUGCGUGAGGGUCUGCUAGAGAAGUCCGGCGGUCAUCACCAGAUACGUUCCUCGCGGACUGAUCAUGAAGAGCACCAUCGUUCGUUCCAGUGCUAUCUGUGUUCCCCCUCAAACUGGUCAAAUGUCGAACAGGUCACCGUGCCCUACCGAUCGCAAGAGAGUCCGUGGCCCACCAGCUACGGUUGCUCUCUGUGCGGAUACAACAACGAGGAGGAAGAGGACCCUCGAAGCUUUAGCUACGCCAUGUUCGAAUUCUAA